AUGACAACGGAAAGUCAAUCGUCCGAAGAGGUCAGCGGCCAAGCCGCCUUCUGGAUCCUCGCCUCAUUGGCCGCAGCAGCAGUUGUCCUCCCUUCUACCAGCAGUCGCAUGACAGGUCGUGAUCUUUUUGGCGGCAACAUCGAUCUGGUGCGAUGUGUUCCAGGGGUGUCCUUACUCGAUGGAAUUUGUGAUCUAGUCUUCCUGUUCAUAAGCACCUACAGAGUCCUGAGAGAACCGAAGCCAGUGCAACGUGUGCGGCGAGCUCUGCCAAAAGUCAGUGUCGUUGCUGCUAAGCUGAUGCUGUCGAUGUUCACUGUGUUCCCUCAAACUAUCAAGGCGUUCAGCUUGAAAGGUGUUCCAGCUACAAAGUUCUGUGCCUUUGUCUUCUUUUUCUCUUCGACGACAAGACUUUUGAUCGAUCUCUGUGGCUUAGAGCCCGAGGAACCUUUCACAUACCCUGAUGAAGGAAAUACCGACCUCGACGUCAUUGUACUCCUCGCGUUGCUGUUCCAGGCUCCCUUUCAGCUUUGGAUCUGGCAUAACAUCAUUAUAUCUGUCAAGUUUCAGCUAUCGGAUGCUUUCUACCAUAUCUGCACAUUUUCCUCUCUUAUGUGCAGUUUGCUUCUCAUAGUACAAGUACUUACCUGGUUGAUGUAUGUCGUGUCGAGACGACGAUUCGAUAUCUCGGCUUCACCUUAUUUUGUUCCCGUUCGAGCGGUUUGGCUUUCUAUUAUAGCUCUGGCAGCAGUAAGAAGGCCGGAUAACCACGAACAUCAUCAGUCAGAGUCGCAAGCUACCGUUCCACAAGUACCUGAUAUUAUAAAUAAAUGGGUUCAGGCUGCUGGUUCAAUGGCAUGUGCGAUUCUAUUAAGUAUAAUAGUGGUCAAGGCUUUGAACCUCAUCGGCGGACUAUUUGUUACUCCACCGGACCGUAUCGAGACUACUGAAGCUUCAACGGAAGCAGGAGAGGUUCGUCUAGCAGAUGAUCAUGGACAGGAUACAGAUGCAGUAAGAGAGGAAGACAAGCCCCCAGUUAAACAAUCAGGUAGCUGGUUGGGAAGACUAGCUGUGACCAUUGAUCGUUGGCUUGUCCGAUUUAUCCUCAUGGAUACCACAACUGAUAUCAGUAUCACGCUGACAGUCUUCAAUUUGAUCACGACAAUUAUAUACUACCUCAUAUACUUUGAUGGUACUGGGACAGUCAAUCCAGAAUGGACAAGCGUGCUAGGAUAG